GAUGCACGUAGAGGGCGUGGCUUAGGCUUACAUAGAAGGUAGUUGAGACAACAGUGAGCUGUCCUGUCUGCUCUGUAGAGGAGUUAAAGCUACUACAGUCACAAGAAAACAGAAAGAUGUCGGUGGUUAGCUGCGCCUUGAGCCGAAAUGUUUUGGCUAUAAGAAACUCUGGCAUGAUGGUGAUGGUACGGCACGCCCAGACGGCCGCUGCCCCGGCUCCUGAAUCCAGGAUCAAGAAGUUCCAGAUUUACCGCUGGGACCCAGACACCGCCGGAGACAAACCACGAAUGCAGACAUAUGAUAUUGAUCUUAACACCUGUGGUCCAAUGGUUCUGGAUGCCCUCAUUAAGAUCAAGAAUGAGAUUGACCCCACACUCACAUUCAGACGCUCCUGCCGUGAAGGUAUCUGUGGCUCAUGUGCCAUGAACAUAAAUGGAGGCAACACACUGGCAUGCCUUAACAAAAUUGACACCAACACAAGCAAACCAACCAAAAUCUACCCGCUUCCACACAUGUAUGUGGUCAAAGAUCUGGUGCCAGACAUGAGCAACUUCUAUGCACAGUACAAAUCCAUCGAGCCCUACCUGAAAAAGAAGGAUGCAGCUCAAGAAGGGAAGGAGCAGUAUUUCCAGUCGGUGGAAGACAGACAAAAACUGGACGGCCUGUAUGAGUGCAUCCUCUGUGCUUGCUGCAGCACCAGCUGUCCCAGCUACUGGUGGAACGGAGACAAAUACUUGGGACCCGCUGUCCUGAUGCAGGCAUACCGGUGGAUGAUCGACUCCCGUGAUGAAUUCACAGAGGAACGUCUGUCUAAACUUCAGGACCCCUUCUCUCUCUACCGCUGCCACACCAUCAUGAACUGCACUAAGACAUGUCCCAAGGGACUCAACCCAGGAAAGGCCAUCGCAGAGAUCAAGAAAAUGAUGGCGACGUACAAAGAGAAGAAAGCAGCAGCUUUGUGAAAAUCCUGCUGGAAUUAGGAACUUUAGCCUAAAUCAGCACCUUUUUAUGAUUUUCAUAAGCAUGUGGAUGUGUGCAAAUGUGAUUUUAUGAGGGAGAUGAAGACAGGAAAUUGUGAGAGAAGGGCGCUGGAAAGAACUGUUAAGCAAAAUAUUUUGAGUGAUGCAACAUGUUGGACCACACCUCUGCUAUCUGUCUGCAAAGUGAAAAUACUAGGCUCUGUUGUAAAAAUUGUAGACUGUAAAUAAUUAAAUAUGUGUUCAUUAAAGAUGUGUUGGGCUCAUUAUGGAAACUAAAUAAAUGUUUUUGGAUGAGGAAAGAA